CAGUACAACAAUGAGAAAACCCUCCCUUUUAUCCAUCUCUUUUUAGUUUCUAUAUAACCGUAAAAAACUGAAUUCAAGCACAGUCUCUCAAUGAAGCUCUCACGUUUUCUCUUUUUCUUCUUUCUCUGCCUCUCUCUUUUCAUCUCUGUCACCUGCCACGGGGGCAGUCAUGCUGACGGUGAUGAUGAUGAUGAUGACAAGGCAGGUGAAAGGAAUGAACCUCAUGACCUGCGAUCCAAAUCCUUGAUUCUGGUCAAGGUAUGGUGCUUGAUUCUAGUGUUUGUAGGGACGUUCGUAGGUGGUGUGUCACCCUAUUUUCUAAAGUGGAACCAGGGUUUUUUGGUGCUGGGAACACAGUUCGCCGGUGGGGUUUUUCUUGGGACAGCCAUGAUGCAUUUCUUGAGUGAUGCGAAUGAAACUUUUGGAGACUUGACGACUAAAGAAUACCCUUUCGCCUUUAUGUUGGCAUGUGCUGGAUAUUUGUUGACUAUGCUAGCUGAUUGUGUGAUUUCUUAUGUGUACGGGAAAGGGAAGAAUUCAUGUAACAAUGGUGAUUUGGAGCUUCAAGGGGCUGAGCGGAGCAAAACGAAUCCUCAUGGUCAAGGCGAUCCACCAGUUGGUAAUGGCACUGAUACGACAUGUGCGCAGUCUUUAUCUCUCACAUCUGCAAGUUCUUUCGGGGAUAGCGUUCUGUUGAUCGUUGCAUUGUGCUUCCAUUCGGUCUUUGAGGGCAUAGCAAUUGGAGUUGCAGAAACUGAAGCUGAUGCUUGGAAAGCCUUGUGGACAAUCUCCUUGCACAAGAUAUUUGCGGCGAUCGCAAUGGGGAUAGCACUGCUCCGAAUGAUCCCGGAUCGUCCAUUGUUGUCGUGCAUCGCCUAUGCAUUUGCAUUUGCCAUUUCAAGUCCUGUUGGGGUAGCCAUUGGGAUCAUAAUAGAUGCCACAACUCAGGGUGCUGUAGCAGACUGGAUCUUUGCCAUAUCAAUGGGGUUAGCCUGUGGAGUGUUCAUCUACGUAUCGAUAAACCAUCUGCUGGCUAAAGGCUACGCACCCCAGAAGACGGUUUCAGUCGACAGACCCCAUCACAAGUUCUUGUCUGUCUUGUUAGGUGUUGGGGUGAUCGCUGUAGUAAUGAUCUGGGACACUUGAAAGUAUAUUCAACUUUUUGGCCUGAUUUCUCAAAGUUUAUCUGACCAAUAAAUAUUGAUGGACUAAA